GAAACGAUGGCACAAAAGUUACGCAACAAAUCUGCAGGUCUUCGAUUAGAACUCAAUACAUCUUUUCCAGAUGCAUCUCAAGAAGAUUUAGCCAGUACCAAUCAUUCUACCAGCACAAGUACCAGUGGUAACUGGCGUGAAGAUAUUGCUCGUCUUGUUCAUGAUGAAGAUAAGUUGGGUGAUUUGAAACCAGAUGAUUUUGAGAAUAUACGCAAGUUGGGUGAAGGAGCAGCUGGAACAGUAUGGUUAGUCAAGCAUAAAAAGACAGGUCUGACGAUGGCCAAAAAGACAAUCACAGUGGAUCCAGAUCCACAGUUACAAAGACAAAUCUUGAGAGAACUAUCUUUCUUAAAGACAUGCGAAUCACCUUAUAUCGUGUCAUUUUAUGGUGCAUUUCUAGAUGAUGGGGAAACAACAAUAGCGAUAUGUAUGGAGUAUUGUGAGGGUGGAAGUUUAGAAGAUAUCUACAAGCGAGCAAACAAUAUUGGUGGUGUCAUAGGCGAGACUAUUUUAGCUAAUAUUGCAGAUGCUGUCUGUAAGGGUCUUAUUUAUCUACAUUCACAAAAUGUCAUUCAUCGAGAUAUUAAGCCAAGCAAUAUUCUAAUGACAAAAAAGGGUCAAAUCAAGUUAUGUGAUUUAGGUGUUUCUGGUGAAUUGAUCAAUUCUUUAGCAGAGACAUUUACCGGCACACAAUAUUAUAUGGCUCCUGAACGUAUUAAAGGGGCUACUUAUUCCGUUAGUUCCGAUAUUUGGUCUUUAGGCCUUACUAUUAUUGAAGUAGCACAGAACAGACCAGCAUUACCUCCACCAGGUCAACCUCAUCUGACUAUCUUUGAACUCUUGGAGUUUAUUGUCAAUCAACCCAUGCCUACUGUAGGUCAAGAUCGAUCCAGUGAAUGUCAAAACUUUGUAGAGACAUGCUUAAUCAAAGAACCAGAAAAAAGACCUACACCUGAACAAAUGCUUGAACAUCCAUUUAUCAAACAAAGAGCUGAUCCAGACUGUAACAUAGAAGGAUGGCUUAAAGAGUUAUGGGGUUGGUCAUGAUUUUAAUAAACAUAAGAACGUGCAUAUUCAUACCCAGAGAAUUGUUGUUUAACACGUG